GACCUACUUACUAUAGGUAGGGAGGGAGGAGUUGAUUACUGCCGGUAGGACCCGGUUAAUUAUCUCCGACGCUAUGGUGCGUGGUCGGCUUGGCUGGGGGUGGAAUUGUGUGUUUUACCGGGUAGGAAGGGUGAGAUGGGGUGCUUGUUCAAAUGAGAAGGAUUUAAGAUAAUCUUUAGAGUAGGUUUUAUCGUUGCCAUGACUGAUGUCGAUGCUCGCGCGAGGAUGGGUCGUCUCGUGCGAUUUAUUGCUUGGAUGCCGUCUUGGCUUCGCUGGGAUGAUGGUGCUGAUCAUGAACUUACUUGGGGUCUUGUCGUGAUCUUUGGGUUUGCCGGCGCCUUCAGCGUGGCGAACUUAUACUACACGAACCCGAUCCUCAAUAUCCUCGCAGAUGAAUUCGGGGUGUCCAACGAGCGUGCCGCGCUCAUUCCCUCCGUGACGCAGGCCGGGUACGCAGGGGGUUUGCUCUUCGUGAUUCCCUUGGGAGAUAUCCUUCGUCGACGAUAUCUUGUGCUGGGACUUGUCUCUUCGACUGCUUUUGCGUGGCUGGGAUGUACCCUUACCACCUCGUUCUCAUCUUUCUUAGGCCUCUCAUUCCUCGUGGGACUACUCACCGUCACGCCUCAGCUCAUGUUCCCCCUAACAGUCCAGUAUGCGCCGCCGCGACAUAAGGCAACGAUGACUUCAGUAGUGAUGUCCGGCGUUGUCCUCGGCAUUCUCAUCGCGCGUCUUAUAAGCGGCAUUAUAACCCAGUAUACUUCCUGGCGAACGGUUUAUUGGCUCUCCUUCGGGCUGCAAGCUCUCAUCUUCAUACUUCUUUUCUUCUUCCUGAAGGACUACCCCGUUGCGCGCCCGGGAACAUCAUAUCCUGCUAUCUUAUGGCGAAUAGUGAAACUGCCUUUUCUCAGCCCAGUGCUCACGCAGAUGUCUCUAGUUGCGUUUCUAUCUAUGGGCAUGUUCACAAGCUUCUGGACGACUCUCACAUUUCAGCUCGCCGAAGUUUUCAAGUUAUCUACGCUGGCCAUAGGACUUUUUGCGCUGGGCGGUAUAUCCCCCGUGUUCCUUAAUCCGGUCGUUUCGCGACUGCUCACGUCGCGCAUCCAUACACAUGGCACACUCAUCAUCGGAUUGUUAGUUACACUCUCCACCGUGCUUGUAGGGACAUUCGUGGGGACAUUUUCGCUUGCGGGGCCGAUUAUUUGGACGUUCCUUGGAGAUCUAGGGGUCAACACUAUCAUUGUGGCUAAUAGGAUGGCCAUCGCGAAUGUCGAUCUAACUGCGCACAAUGCUGUCAAUUCGGUGUAUAUGAUCUUCACGUUUGGAGGGCAGCUCUUUGGCACGGCGGUGGGGAAUACACUUUAUGCGAAGGGCGGAUGGACGUGGUCGGGUGCGCUGAAUAUUGCGCAGUUGGGCACUGCUCUGUUACUGUUGUUCGUCAAGGGGCCCCAUGAGAAAGGUUGGGUUGGUUGGAGUGGCGGGUGGGAUUUAAGGAGUCCGGAAAUAGGGGGUAGUGAUGAUCAUGGCAGUACUACUUCAUUAAGCCGCGUGGAAGAAAAGGGGGAAGCAGGCACCGGUUGAGAGAAGCUGAAGAAGGGAACAAAUGAUCCGUAUACAGAUUAGGCAUUGGUCAUUUAGAGAUAUACACAUUCAUGGAUUUGAAUA